ACGCGGAAGUUCUUCAGAAUGCGGAUGCAAGUGGAGGAAACGUAGAAUAAUAUACGCCUUAAGGGAAAUGGCGGGUUAUCAAAAAGCGUAUGUAGUUAGCCUACCUGGAAGCAAGGAAAGAUAUGGCGUCGCAGCAGCUUCUCUUCAGGAACUUCUGGAAAAAGCAUGUAAAAUGUUAUCUCUGGACUCAUCAGUGGAGCCCAUCACACUUGUCCUUGCAGAGGAUGGCACAAUUGUUGAGGAUGAAGACUACUUUCUCUGCAUACCUCCUAACACAAAGUUUGUGGUUUUGACAGGCAACACGAAGUGGGCUCCCACAACAUUAGAUGGAGGAAUUGCAUGGUUAGCAAAGGACUCCAUGGAGGUGGAAGAUGAGAGUGUGGUUGAUGGUGCAGAUUCAGCAAGAUGGAAAAACUUGGCUUUGCAGCUGAAAGAAAAUCUGUCCAACAUCAUUCUUAUGUCAGAAUCUGAACUUCAGAUCUUAACUGAAGUGUCUGUUGACGAGCUUGCAGGAGUGGUGGGGGUAAGCUGUGAGAAAGUACAAUCGCUACAGGACACUCUUCAGCGUGUGCUGGACCGCAGGGAAGAAGAGCGUCAAUCGAAGCAACUUCUGGAACUGUAUCUGAAAGCUGUAAAUAAAGAAAGAACUUCUGAAGCUGAGACAAUAGAGCUUGCUGAAGAUGAAGUAGACACUGGUAGAAAUAUCCAGACUCAUUCAGACUUAAACUGCAAGACUUUGCUUUCCAGCCACAUAAUACAAAUAUUAAAGGAGAAAGAUCUGCCACACCUCAGCCUGUCGAAUAAGGAGUUAGAGAAUGUAAAUGAGGAAAAUACAGAAGCACUGAUGAUGGCAUUGGGAUGGAAUGAGGAGAAGAUACAGGUAUUGAAAAAUAGCUGCCAUCAAGAGUUAAAGCGACGUGAUGAGCAAGUGCAGUCUCUGAAUUCUCUGACAAAUCUAUCCCAUAUCAACAAAAAACCUGCCCUAAAGGUUGCCAAUGAAAAAUCAUAAUUUCUGGAGCAUCAUUGUUGCCCUAAAAGACAAGCAUGUAUAAGCUUAAACUGACAGUAUGAUCUAUGAAGUUUUAUACCAUGGGACCGAUAUCUGGAAAUUAGUGCCAAUGUUAAAUAAUUUUACAUGGUAUUUCUCUGGGGUUUUUUUUUUUUUUUUUUUUUAAGCUUUGUCAACAGUAUGUGUUUUCGGCAACAUGUGGCUCUCUGUCAGUGCCUGUACAUUUCCAGUUUCUUACUGGGCAGUAUGUUUUAAAGGGAAGUUGUUAUUCAUAAGAAGGGAGAUAGAUUUGUUUAUAAGUAGACAACUUAUGUUUCUGUUUGUGGACAGAGAGCAUUCCUAAACAGGUGCAUGUAUAUUUUAUAUAAAUGCAUAUCCAUUACCUGGAUGAUACAUUAUACAGAUAUUGAUUCAACAUAAAAGUCUGUCUAUGAGUAAA